UACCGAGAGCUGUAUGUACUAAAAUCCUUGAGGGCCCACGAACGAACGCACCCAUGGGACGGUCGGUCGGGCCUCUCCAUGCUGCUCGCUAUUGACGUGAAUGUCCAGGCCCACUAUUUCUUUGCCCCCCCCUGCAGCAUGGGCACAUGGGGUUAUCGAGAGCACUGAGUAGCGGGCAGUUCAGCCCCUCACGCCCUGCAACAGUCAAACUCAUCACACAAAAAACCGGCGUGUGUAGAUAUGUCCAUCUUUUCACCGAUCUCCUAAAUCCUCUCAUCGACCUGCAAGCCGUAAUGCAAAGUCCAGUGCACUUUCACCUUAGGCUGGGCCUAAUCCAGGAGGAGGAAGAAGACCAACUCCUUCCUAGUACCUUAGCGCAACAUCUCUUCGACUAGACUGGUGACUAAACGAGCUACGGAGUAAUGCGGGAAUGUGGACUAGCUCUUGCGCCUGCGCCUGCGCCCGGGAGAGAGAAGGAGAGGGGAGAGAGAGGCCGUUUUGCUGACCGGGCCACCACUGACAUGAUCACAAGGGAAAAACAGGGAUCACCCCCCAAAUGCAAUGGAAGCGAGCUUGCUAGAGACGCUGCAGCUGGCAAAAGGAGGCGGGAAAGUCCAACAUUGCUUUCCCUCACAUCCCCCACUCACUUCCUGGGACGCCGCAUCGGUGACUGCGCCUUGAGCCCGCAUCGGGAACAUCUACCUUCCGGGUCCACUAGGAUUCUCUCUGCAGUUAGGUUAUUUGGGUCAUCUCACUGUGAAUUCAAGCCUGUGGCCGCGGACUUAAUGGCUGCUGGCUUAGUAGUACGUAGACUGGUAGAGAGGGAGAGGGCAGGCAAGCGAGAGGUCACAUUUAAGAACUCUUACAGAAGGGGGCAGGCAGGCAAACUGCGGCCCCGGACAGGAACACAACGAAGAAAGCCAGCAGACCGCCAAGUCUUUGUGUCGGCUCGGGGAAUCAAGGGAUUUCCGAUCCCGGCGCUUUGGGCGCGCAAAGGCAAAAGGAGGUCCUCGGCCCGCCCAUUAUUGUGUGGAUCGACUUAGCGAGUGAAGACAAAGGUCAAUAAUUUCAUCCUUACUUUACGGAGUAAUAGUCCAAGCUAUCGGACGCUUUUUUGUGGGGCUGGAUGGAUGCUUGCUUGGGCUGAAGAGGGGGCGCGCAGCAGCACAACCAUCACACGCACGCACGCACGCACGCACGCAGCCUGGUGCUGCCCUGCCUUCUUGGACAUCA